AUGCGGAAAGCGCUUGAUCUAUGGCGGCAGCUCGACGCGCGGAAUAUCGCGGGCUUGGAAAAGCAGCUGCAGACCGAGGGCUUGAAGCGCCUGGGCGUGGGGGACUACUCCUUCCGCUGGCGCCUGGCGGGCUCGGAGUAUGCUUCCGACCUCACCACGCUGACCGCCGCCGUGGGGGUGCUGGCGCGCAGGUGCGGGGGCGCGCGGAGUGGGGAGGUGCUGAAGCGGCUGCGGGGGUACAGCCGCGCAUGGAAGCGCGAGGACAGCUUUAGCGAGGGCGAGGCGGACGAGCUCAUGCGGUUCCUGAGGGAACAGUUGGAGCCAUGGGAUCGCUGCACAACGCAAUGCUGGCACUCGAUGACGUCAUCAACAG